AAAGAAGAAGAAGAACGGUAUCCUGGCAACGCUUCUCAGUUAGCUAGCUCUUCAUCUCAAUGGUUAAAAAAAGUACAGACACGUUAUGGGAGUUAGCAGCGGCGGAGGUCCAGAACCGGGAGAACGAUGCUGAAGAGGGGCACGGAAGAGAGGCGGUCUGCGAACGGACGGUGUUUCUAAUGGGGAGCAAGGCAGGGGGUAAAACGUCCAUUCUCUUAAGAUGUCUAGAGAGGGAUGAAACCCCGAAGCCAACCCUAGCACUGGAGUAUACUUUUGGCAGAAGGAGCAGUGCACACAGCACACUCAAAGAUGUAACCCACACGUGGGAGCUGGGAGGAGGAACCUCACUCUCAGACCUCAUCCAGAUUCCCAUCACGCCACUCAGCAUACGGUCUCUCUCUGUUGUGCUCGUUCUGGACCUUUCUAUGCCGAACGAUUUGUGGGAAACCAUGGAGAAACUUCUGCAUUCAGCACAAAGUCAGAUCGAAAAAGUCUUUUCUCAGGCACAGAAAGCACAGAAGUACGAAGCUGGAGCCAAGCAGCAGAAAGCUGCUCCCUUAGCAGCUCGGGUCUUACCUAAAGAUUACCCAGACAGAGAAUUGAUCAGUCCUUUUCCUGUUCCCCUGCUCAUCAUAGGCAGUAAAUAUGAUCUAUUUCAGGAUUUUGACUCUGACAGGAGGAAAGUUAUUAGUAAAACCCUUCGUUUUCUGGCCCACUAUUAUGCAGCAUCUUUGAUCUUCACCAGCAUUAAAUCAGAGAGCCUCAUGUCGAAAACCAAGCGCUUCUUCGCCCAUCUGGCCUUUGGUCUGGACGUAGGGAAAUCCGUGUCCUUUGACUCUGGUAAACCUCUCAUCAUCUCAGCAGGCUCCGAUUCCUUCAGCGAAAUAGGGGCGCCUCCUAUGACUCACGUGGACAUUGCAUCUCUAAAUGCGAAAAACCCAAUGGAUCUGUGGAAGAAGGUGUAUGAGCGAGUCUUUCCCAGCAAGAGCUACAGUGAGCAGAGAGCACUAAAGGAUCCAGCCAAAGACCCACAGUACAGUGAGCCUCAGAUUGAUGCAAUGAGAGCCCAGAAAGACCAGGAGUUGGAGCAGUAUAAAAGAAAUGCAGCAAAGUCAUGGAGAGAACUGGAGCUUGGGAAAUAGAAGAAAGUGUUAUAACACACAUACAACACAUCAGUAUGUACAUAUAGCAUAUGUUUAUUUCAUUCUGUUACAUCUUCUGUUAAACAGGGUAAUCAUUUUGUAAGAUCAGCCAAAGUAUUUGAUAAUAAACGACAGGAACAGUGGAGGUUUUGCUGCAUGGCUAUGCCGUAGAACCCAGAGGAAGCACUGCCACAUUUAUUGUAAGACAUUCAAGAGGAUUCCAAAAAAUCAGGAUACACAAUCAACUGUAGUAAAUCUAAAUUUUCUCAAGGUAUGAUGGUUUGAUCAUACUGAUGGCUUGACCAAGAUUUAAAAAUGUGGAAACUGAGAAAACUGGGGAAAAAGGAGGACUUAACUUGUCAGAUCUAAGGCAUUUAAAAUGGUGAAACUGAUUAAAUAUUGGGAAAAAAAUAUAAAAGGCCAGGUUGGACAGAUAUUGAGACUGUUUUAUACUCCCCAUUCAAUUUUAGAGAGAAACUGUUUCAAAAGGAGAGCUUGACAGUCCUAGGUCUUGGGCCCUCUAAGGAUGUUUCGAAUAAAGUAUCCAAUUUACAAAGUCCCUCAUAUCUUACAGAAAUACUCCUCCUUGUGGCUAAACUGUUUGUGUUGGGGACAAAAAAGGCUUAUUGAAAACAGCGGAAAUUAGGCCAUAUUUCUAUUACAGGAGAUUUUCCAAAGAUGGACUGCUUAUCAGUUUUGAAGAAUCAAUAAAAAUUGGAAUGAAAGCAUUAUUUCUAGAAAUACGAUUCAGAAAAGGCCUGAAAUCCAAAAGUCAAACUGAAUUCAUGAACCCCAUCUUGGAUGAUCUAGUCACCUAAAGAGCAAAUAACAGCUUCGGCGUUUUAUAAAUAGAGCAAACUUUCAAGAAACGAAGAAUCUACAAAUACUUUAUUGUUGUAGCAAAAGAUUAGGGACUAAAUAAAAGGGAGGAGCAGUGGCUAGGGAUCCAGUCAGAUUACGGAAGCUACAUUAGAGAGGCAAAGGGGAAAGUUCACACAAUCUAGAACAAUACAUAGAUAAUAUAAUACUCCAGCAAGACCGCGUAGAAGGAAAUUUAUGAAAGGUUGUAAAUGAUAGAAAUGUGAGUUAGAAGUAAGAAUUUUUCUACACUUUAUAUGGGUCUGCAAAACAGUCAAAUUAUUUUAUACGAUUAUUUUAUAGGAUGUCGACUAAGACCGAUUUAAUUUUCUCCGUAUGGAUUGGCAGUUAAGUUUCUUCUUUCGUGUUUAUCUAACCCCAUAUAUUUGAGCAGUAAAUGUAAUUUAUGUAAUGCUAAAUUCAAUUUUGAUAACCUUUAGGAUCAGAUUUAAAUAUAUAUACAGAUUACAUAUUACUUGUCAUCUUCUUUCGACUCCGAACUCCUCCAGUUCAGACGGUUGGUAACAUCUUUCCAAAAAUUCAUGUAAACCCAUCAGAAAACGAAAACCUGGGUUACGACCAAACAAACAAACAAUGUUUUAGCCAAGAAAAGUACCGGCUAUUGAACCUAUACACUGGCUGUGAUGUUGGUCUACCCACCACUGUAUAAUAAGUUUACCAAGAAGACUAAACACUAACACCAACCAAAAUAUCUCAAACAACUGGACUCAUUAUCGCCAUAUGCUUGAUGUUAACCGGGGACAUCCACCCGUGCCCAGGCCCGCAACACUUCGAGACGCCAGGAGAGGCCAACUCAAGCACAGAGGACAAACUUAUCACUCAUACCUUACGCGUACGUUCAGGUAAAGCUAUAUCUCCAUUUUCCUCUGCAAAACAUCCU